ACUUGACCCAGUCUGCAAGACAGCAGCUGCUUUUAAAGCUCUGAGGACCAAGGGGCAUUGGUCACAAAUAUCUCUCUAGAUCAGCUACUGGCGGGGAAAAAAAUAAACUCUUCUGAAUUAUUAAAGAUUAAGCCCUACUUAUCACAAUGCACUGUCUGAAGAGUCUGAGGACAGCUAACCCGGGAAUCUUGCAGCUAUUUAAAAAUGCAGGGAUCUCCGCCAGAGUUGGAGCUGAAAACAUUGUUUGGUCGAGGACGCAGCAACCUGUUCAUCUCCCCUGCUGGGCUGCAGCAUCACCGCACACCCACAGAGCCUUUCACGAACAGAAGCCCCCUGAUGUGGACCAAGAGCACCCCAAAAGUAGGUUGAUGUCCAGCAUGGAGGACCUACUUUUCUACACCAUCACUGAAGGCAAGGAGAUGAUCCCCCUGUCUCAGUUCAUCUCUGCUUUGAGAAAAACUGGUUUGUUAACAUCUGACCCUCGGCUGCGUGACUGUGUCCGUCAGAUGCGACAAUCCUCACGUGACUCUAUAGGGCCUGUCAUGAUGGACAAGAAGCUCUUCAGAAGAUGUGUGGGCAACAACAUCAUGCUGCUGACUAAGGCUUUCAGAAAAAAGUUCAUCAUCCCGAACUUUGAAGAGUUCACCAUGCACGUUGACAGGAUGUAUGAGGCUGCACAACAGCAGGAGGCAGGACAAGUAGCUGAUUACAUUCCUCAGCUGGCUAAGUUCAGCCCUGAUCUCUGGGGUGUAUCUCUGUGCACAAUCGACGGACAGAGACACUCUGUUGGUGACACCAAGGUUCCCUUUUGUCUGCAGUCGUGUGUGAAACCUCUGGAGUAUGCCAUCGCUGUGCACGAGUUCGGCGGUGACAAUGUUCACCACUUUGUGGGCAAAGAGCCCAGUGGAUUCAAGUUCAACAAGCUGUCACUCAAUGAGGACGAUAAACCACACAACCCGAUGGUGAAUGCCGGAGCUAUCGUCAUCAGUUCUUUAAUUAAGCCACAUUCAAAUAAAGCCGAAAGGUUCGACUAUAUGAUGGAGUUCCUGAAAAGUUUGGCUGGUACAGAGUUUGUGGGCUUUAGCAACGCAACUUUCCAGUCCGAGAGGGAGACCGGUGAUAGGAAUUAUGCAAUUGGUUAUUAUCUCAAAGAGAAAAAAUGCUUUCCAGAGAAUGCAGAUAUGACAGCAGCUCUUGACUUCUACUUUCAGCUGUGCUCCAUUGAGGUGACCUGUGAGUCAGGAAGUGUCAUGGCUGCCACACUGGCCAACGGGGGCAUUUGUCCAAUCACAGGCGAGCGUGUGCUGAGUGCUGAAGCCGUUCGUAACACCCUGAGCCUCAUGCAUUCUUGUGGCAUGUAUGACUUCUCUGGACAGUUUGCCUUCCAUGUGGGCUUGCCUGCUAAAUCUGGCGUUUCAGGCGCUGUUCUGCUGGUUGUACCCAACGUCAUGGGCAUGAUGUGUUGGUCCCCACCUUUGGAUCGGCUUGGAAACAGUGUUCGUGGCAUUCACUUCUGUCAGGAGCUGGUGUCUCACUUCAACUUCCACAAUUAUGACAAUCUGAGACACUUUACCAAGAAACAUGACCCCAGGAGAAGAUCAGAUGAAGAUCCAAACAAGUCCGUGGUAAACCUGAUGUUUGCAGCCUUCAGCGGUGACGUCUCCGCUCUGAGGAGGUUUGCUCUUUCAGCUGUGAACAUGGAGCAGAGAGACUACGACUCUCGCACGGCACUCCACAUUGCUGCUGCAGAAGGUCAUGUGGAAGCUAUUGUCUUCCUAACUGAAGUAUGUAAAGUGAAUCCCUACAUGAAAGACAGAUGGGGGAACACACCUCUAGAUGACGCCAUGCAGUUUGGCCAUGAUGUCGUUGUCUCAGUUCUGCAAGAGUACCAGCGUGUCUACACUGAGAGCGAGGCACCAUGUGACACAGAGGAGCAGAAGACCCCACUAGACACAUUAAAGAGCAUCAUCUAAACCAUAAGGGAUCAGAGGGUUUGUAAUGGAAAUAUAUCUGUUUUAUUAUGAGAGGACUGAAAGGACACAGUCUGAUGGAGAGACCUGAUGAAUAAAUGUCUUUAAUAUGAUAAUAGAGAUUUUAUAUUUAGACUGCUGAAAAACUUUGAAGUCCAGGAUUAAAGGGACAGUUCACCCAAGGAAGUGUGCAUCUACUCAUGGAUGUGACAACAUGAGAUGUAAACAUCAAUGGCGUCCUCCUCGGCUGAGCUGUAACGUUACCUAGCUCCAUGGUGCUAGGUGAGCUAGCAGUAGAUGCACGUUUCCUUCUGCGUGGUGAUACAGUUGCUGGGUGUAGUUCAGAAGAAAGAAAAUAGUUCCUACAUGAAAACUCUAUACAACGAGGUUGUGAUUUCUGGACAAAGACAUUGCUGUUGAGUUUUUUAAAUGUAUUUUUUGGCGCUUUGAGCACCACAAGCCAAGUGCCUUCUAGUUUCAUUGUAUUUGAGAGGUAGACAUCUCUACAGCCGAUAUCCCCAACACUCUGAAAUUCACACCCAAAUGAUCUAUAUCAGGGAUCAGCAACCUUUACAAUCAAAAGAGCCAUUUAAAAAAAAAUUAAAAAACUCUCUGGAGCCACGAAACAUAUUUGUGCCUUGAUAAUGAUGGCAACGCAGCCUGUUUAAUCUAAAUUAGCCUUUAAACAUUCCUAAUAGGUCUGAAUGAUUGUUCAAAAUAUGUUUUACAACAAAAUAGCCACUCUGCAGUGGGUUAAUUAUGAUUAUUUGGUACUUUAACUUGACAGUGUUUGUAGUGAAAACAAACAAAUCUGUCCACUCACUAUGAAAUUUACUAUUUUCCUUUGGGACGUUUUCUUUUUUGGAUUUGGAAACAAUAGCUAGCCUCACUAAGGAGACUCAAGCUCAGUCAUCGGUAUUGAGAUUGAGCAAAUUCUAGGAAAAAGUGCCAGGCAUAAUUGAUGAGAUGUUAAAACAUUUUUUAUACAGUGUAUAGGCCACUCAUUAAUACAUUUGGAAAAUGUAAGAAUCACUUUACGGCUACAAUAAUCAUGAAUGAAAAUUAAAAUGUUAAUCAGGAAAUACGUGGUACAUAAAAGAAAAGUGGGAAAAAGAAGGCAAUUUGAUUAUAACAGAGGAUGCUUGGAAAAGAAUAUGUCUCAUACAAUGGACUUCAACUUGCUCCACUAACUGGCGUGAAUUCUGUUGGAAAAACGUUGCUAGGUUUUUUAUUACACCUUUACAAAAGAGACAUGGGGGAGGGGGUUCCAGCUGCUGGAGACAAUGUGGGAUGGACGACGCCAAUCAUUAUCAUGUUUUCUGGAACUGCCCAGUCAUUGUUCCUUAUUGGCAGGAAAUCCACAAACAUAUUAACAAUAUAUUUGGAGUCAAUAUUCCUUUUACUAUGGAUACAGUUUAUAUGGGAGAUAUUCAAUUUGACGGAUGGAGAAAUAACGAUAAAAAGUUGGUUCUAAUUCUCCUGGCUGGAAGCAAAAAAGUUAUUACGAGAAAUUGGCUCAAACCCCACUUACCCACUAUAGAUGGAUGGUUAGACAUUAUUUAUGAAAUUUACAUAAUGGAGCGGCUGUCAUAUUCCCUUCAAGUCCAGAAAGAUAGAUUUUACAAAAUUUGGAGCAAAUGGACUGAGUACGUUAAACCUAUAAGACCAGACUUCUCUUAAAUUAUUGGAAAAGGUCAGGCAAACAGUGUUGUAUUGACCUAGGUAAUUUUUUGUGACCUUUAACCUGAACUUUUUAUUUUGUUAUAUGGAUGUACUGAUAUUCUGUUUCUAUACCUCUCCAAUGUGAAGGCCCCCCGUGUUCUUGUAAAUAAUUCACACUUAAUGCUUACAUAAAGGCUCAAAAACAUCUGAAAGAGCUAUAUGGAGAUAUACUCAGAUGAUCUGUGACUACUUAUUUGAUAAUGUCAUUGUAUACAUAUGUUUUAUGCUGAUUAUUUUACCUGAUUAUGACAUUGCCAUUUGAAAGUGCUCUUUCUAAAUAAAAAAUUAUAAAAAAAAAAGAAAAUUAAAAUGUUAAGAAAUAACUGUUAUUCAUUUCCAUAUAUUCCAUAUAAAUUCUGAGCUGCAGGUUGCCUACCCCUUGAUCUAGACUGAUAAAUAGCACUACAGGUACGAGAAAAAGUAUGUAUAUUUGAUUUAGGGAUGAACUGUCCCGUUAGGUCCUUUAUUUUGCAGGCUGGAGGAAUCAUUUAACAAUGUAAAGUAUCAACAAAGCCCGGUAUAAUCAGGCAAUCUGCUGCUUGUGUGGAGAAAAAUGACAUUAAUGUAAGCCAUGAUUUAGCUCAUGUUGCAAUAUUAAUGAACUGUUUUUGUGCUCUGCUUCUGAUAGAAAUUGCCACUGUGAUGUAAAUAUCUAAUAUACUGUGCAUAUUUAUUGUUAAUAUAUUGAAAUAUAUUUUGCCUUAUCAGUAUGCUGUUUAAUCAGGGGUUUUUAUGCUCCCCUUGUAAUAACUGUAUAAAUAUUCCCAAAGCUGCUUCAUUAAUUAUUCUCAGUCAACGAGAGGUGAUUCAGUUGCAUUUGUGCCUUUAACUGUGGAAGGGCUGUUUGAUUGUACUUUUUAUCAGUUCAUUAAGGCUCAUAGGCCAGUUUAUUCACUGCUGAUACCUUGUGUUAACAUAGUGAUUGUUUUAUUAUUGGAGGAAUGUGAACUCUUUUCAUUGGUCACUUGUAGAGAUGGGAAUUGGUAAGUAUAUAUUGAUACCAAUGCUAUUAUUGAUUCUUAUCAGUCUGACUUUUUCAAUUCCUUUAUUGGCUCCUGCUCAGUUUUCUGUGUGGUGGUAAAAAGAAGGCCUACACAGGUUUAAUUGUCAGUGCAGCCGUUUAAUUAUCUCAGAGAAUGAAUGCAGUAUAAAUGAAAAGAGAGUGUAUUUGUACAGCGUUUGUUUUAUUUAGGUUUUCUUUGUUAAAAAAAACCCUGCUAAGCCUGCCUGCGCUGCACUGAUGUUACUGUAAGAGGAUAUUUACUCCAGUAACUGCAGUGCUGCUCAGUCGGGAGGCUGUGGCACUUAUGCGUAGUGUCAAAUAAAUGGCAUCCCUGAAAUUCA